AUGUCUAAAGUCAAAGACUUGAUUUUGUCCUUGGGCCCUGAUGAAAAAUUCAUCUCUUUUGAGUUUUUCCCACCAAAAACAGAUUCAGGAUUCAGAAACCUACUUGCGCGAUUGAAUCGAUUGCUGGCUUUUAACCCAUUGUUUAUCACUGUGACAUGGGGUGCUGGAGGUUCAACGAGUGAAAAAUCCUUGGAUCUUGCGGCAACCUGUCAGAAUAAGAUUGGAAUUAAUACUGUGUUACACUUGACAUGCACAAACACCGAUAAGGAGAUCAUUGAUAGUGCACUUGCAAGAGCCAAGGCUAAUGGGAUUCGCAAUAUUUUGGCAUUACGUGGUGACCCACCAAGAACAGAGGAGUAUUGGACACCAAACUGCGAGUUUAAUAAUGCUGUUGAUUUAGUAAAGUAUAUACGCCAGCAAUACGGAGACUAUUUCUGCAUUGGUGUUGCAGCAUACCCCGAAGGUCACGUUGAUGGUGCAGACACCGCUAAUCAAGACCCAAGAAAGGAUAUUCCUUACUUGGUUGAGAAGGUGAAAGCAGGUGCAGAUUUCAUCAUUACGCAAUUGUUUUUCGAUGCCGAUAAGUUGGUCACUUUCCAAAAGAUGUUGCAACUGACACCUGAAUUGAAGGAUAUCCCACUCAUUCCCGGUCUUAUGCCAGUGACAACUUAUAAGGUAUUUACGAGAGCAACCAAACUUUCGCACGCCACGAUUCCCAGACCUAUCUUGCACGAGUUUGAAACAAUCAAGAAUGACGACGAUGCAGUAAAACAACUUGGGGUAGACUUGAUAUGCGAUAUCAUAGACAGGAUAGAUGAACACACAAACAUUAAAGGCUACCAUUUCUACACACUCAAUUUGGAAAAAGCAGUGGCUUCGAUUAUGAACCAAUCUCAAGUGCUCAGAGGGGUACUUGAAGGACCCUCGACAAGCUCAGAGAUUUCUAAAAACGAGGAUGCAAUCGCUUCGGACUCGGAGGAUGAAUCGCCAAAACACUUUAGAAGAAGAUCAUCAGUCAAUGAAGUUGCUCGUGGCUCUUUAUCUUUCCAUAGACAAAAAGACAAAAAAUCAAUCGUUGAUAUAAGUCGAGGCAAGGGAGCUUUAGGUAAGGAUGCAACGUGGGAUGAUUUCCCCAACGGUAGAUUCGGGGACUCCAAUUCUCCUGCAUACGGUGAAAUUGAUGGCUAUGGUCCUAGCUUGAAGAUCCAUAACGCUUCCGAGGCAAUUGCCAAAUGGGGCAGCCCGACAAACAUCAAGGAGUUGGGCCAGGUAUUUGUUGACUACCUCUCAGGGAAGAUUGAUGUUGUUCCAUGGGCUGACACCUCACUUUCACCAGAAACGGCCUUGAUCCAGGAAGAGUUGUUUGAACUCAACCAAAAGGGUUGGUUCUCUGUGGCAUCGCAACCUGCAGUCAAUGGAUGCAGGUCGAAUGACAAUGUCUUUGGAUGGGGUCCUGGGAACGGGGUAGUGUACCAAAAGUCCUUUGUCGAGCUUUUCAUACCGGCAAAAGAUUGGAAAGAGCUCAAGCCACGUUUGGAUGAUGCCACGACGUAUUAUGUAGGAGAUAAAUCCGGACGGAUCGAACUGUCCUUGUUUACAAAUGAAAGCACCCGACAUUUGAAAAAUGCAGUCACCUGGGGUGUAUUCCCGCUGAAGGAAGUUGUUCAGCCAACAGUCAUUGACUACGAAUCGUUCAAGGCUUGGAAUGAAGAGGCGUUCUUGUUGUGGCUCGAGUGGGCUCGAUGCUAUAAGAAAAACUCCAAAACGUACGAGUUGUUGAAUUCAGUGCGCGACAAUUAUGUCUUGGUGAGCUUGAUUCACCACGAAUACCAUGACGAAUCGGCGCUAUGGGACUUGCUCAUGCAAUAG